AUGAAAUUCCACACCUCUGUCCUAUCUCUCCUCCUCACCCUCACCCUCCCCUCCACCCUCGCCCAAUCCCCCGUCGACAACGCCCUCGCCCAGUUCCGCACACUGAACGACCGCAUCGACGCCGUGCAGAGCUCCAUCGACGGCUACAGCGGCGGCCUAAGCGGCGUCGUGCUCGCCCUCCCCGUCGCAAACUCCCUCUACAGCGCGCACACCGCCGCAAGCACAGCUCGAACCUCGCUGAGCGCCCUGGACCCCCUUUCGCCAGCGGACAGCCAGCGCGCGCUCGACGCGUACAACGAGGUCCAUCCGCGCUUGAUUCGGGCGCUGAAUGCGGGGAGGGAUAAGGCCGCGGUCUUCAAGGAUGUUGGCGUUGGCUACGUUGCGCAGGGGAUGAUUAGUAACCUGUACAAUGAGAAGAAUCGCUUUGAGGAGGCGCUGAGGGCGAAGGUGUAUCCGGGGUACUUUCAGAAUGACCUGGCGGAGGCGGUUGACGCGGCUUUUCAGGAUACGUUGGCGCGGUUUUCUUAG